AGAAAGAAAAAAAAAAAAAAACCUGGACUGACCAUUUUUAAUCUUUAAAGUCUUAUCACUCUCAUCAUGGACAGAAAUUCAGAAGGCAGACGAAAUGCUUUCAAGAGCAAAGGAGUGUUCAAACCUGAAGAGAUCAGAAGACGUCGAGAAGCGCAACAGGUCGAGAUUAGAAAACAAAAGAGAGAAGAAAAUUUGACAAAACGUCGCAAUUUCAAUGCUAAUGAGUUUAGCGAAGACAGCGACGAUGACAUUGACAUCAGCAAUUCAGAGAAUCAGCUUGCCGAGAUCUUGCCAGAGAUGAUCCAAAGCGUGUACUCCGAUGAUGUUGACGUGCAGCUUCAGGCUACCUCUCGAUUCAGAAAGCUACUUUCCAAGGAGAAAAAUCCUCCUAUUGAAGAAGUUAUUGCUUGCGGUGUUGUUCCUCGAUUUGUUGAGUUCCUUCGAUCACCCAAUUCUAACGUGCAAUUUGAAGCCGCAUGGGCUCUCACAAACAUCGCUUCCGGAUCUUCACAACAAACUCAAAUGGUCAUUGAUUCAGGUGCUGUUCCCUUCUUUGUCGAGCUUCUCAGCAAUCCUGUCGCAGAUGUCAAAGAACAGGCUGUUUGGGCUUUAGGUAACAUUGCUGGUGAUAGUCCUAGAUGUAGAGACUAUGUCCUCCACCAAGGCGCUUUGCCCCCACUUUUGGCUCUCUUCACUGAAGAUAGCAAGAUUUCAAUGCUGAGAAACGCAACUUGGACCUUGUCCAACUUUUGCCGUGGCAAGAAUCCUCAACCUGACUGGAAUUUGAUAUAUCCGGCAUUGCCAAUAUUGGCCAACUUAAUACAGGCCACCGAUGAGGAAAUUCUGAUCGAUGCUUGCUGGGCCAUUUCAUAUUUAUCAGAUGGACCAAACGAGCGCAUACAAGCAGUGAUUGAAUCAGGCGUUUGCAGUCGACUUGUUGAACUUUUGAACCACCCUUCAACCACUGUGCAAACCCCUGCCUUGCGAUCAGCAGGAAACAUCGUUACCGGCGAUGACAUGCAAACCCAAACUAUCAUCAACUGUGGUGUCCUUACUGCUCUCUAUCAUUUACUCAGCAGUCCAAAAGAAGGCAUCCGCAAAGAAGCAUGCUGGACGAUUUCCAACAUUACUGCCGGUAAUACCACUCAAAUUCAGGCUGUGAUCGAAGCCAAUAUGAUAUCUCCAUUGGUUCAUAUUCUAAGCAGCGGGGAUUUCAAGACCAAGAAAGAAGCUUGCUGGGCUCUUUGCAAUGCCACUUCCGGUGGAUUGAAUCGACCUGAGCAGAUUAAGUACCUCGUUAACGAAGGAUGCAUCAAACCUCUUUGCGAUAUCCUCAAUUCUAUGGACAAUAAGAUCAUUCUUGUCGCUUUAGACGGCAUUGAAAACAUUCUGCGAGUUGGCGAGUUGGAUCGUACUAACUCAGACGAAGGCCUCAACAUGUAUGCUAUCAUUGUUGAAGAAUGCGGCGGUCUUGAAAUUAUUCAAGAGCUGCAAAACCACGACAAUGAGGAAAUUUUCAAGAAGGCCUACCACUUGAUUGACCGAUACUUCAGUGAAGAUGAAGAAGAAGAUGCUGAUAUGGUACCUGAAAUGGAUUCCAACAAUGGAUCCUUUGCCUUCCAGCAAGACGUAAACUUGCCUUCCGGAGGGUUCCAGUUUGGCUCCAAGCAAUAAAAAAAAUCAGACGCUUUAUUUUUUUUCACUCUCAUACAAAUCCCAAUAUAAAAAAAUAAAAAAUAUAAAAAAAAAAUCCCCGUU